GAUGGCGGCCGUGCUCGAAGGUGAAGUGUACCUGGGCUUCGAUUUCAGCACUCAGCAGCUAAAGGUGGUUGCCAUCGAUCACAACCUCAACGUCAUCCAUCAGGACCAAGUGCAUUUUGACUCGCAACUUCCAGAGUUCAGGACGGAGGGGGGCGUCCACGUGGGUACGGAUGGUCUGACGGUCACGUCGCCCGCCCUCAUGUGGGUCCAGGCUCUGGACCUCCUAUUGGAGCAGAUGCAGGGAGCGGGCUUCGACUUCUCCAGGGUGCGAGCGCUGUCGGGCAGCGGUCAGCAACACGGGAGCGUGUACUGGAAGAACGGAGCGGCCGCGACCCUCCGGCGGCUCCGCCACCAUUUCAGUCUGAGCCACCAGCUCAAGGACUGUUUCUCCGUGCGCGACUCCCCCGUGUGGAUGGACUCGAGCAGCGGGCGGCAGUGUGAGCGCCUGCAGGAGGCGGCGGGGGGCGCUGCCAAGCUGGCAGACAUCACGGGCUCCAGGGCCUAUGAGCGUUUCACAGGAAGUCAAAUUGCCAAAAUGCGUGAGGAACGACCACAGCAGUUCCAGGACACUGAGAGGAUCUCAUUGGUCAGCAGCUUCGCGGCAUCACUCUUCCUCGGCGGUUACGCCGCCAUCGACUACAGUGACGGUUCCGGAAUGAACCUUCUGGACAUCAGGAGCAAAAAGUGGAGCGAGGUGUGCCUGGAGGCCGUGUGUCCCGGUCUGGACCUCCUGCUGGGAACGCCGCUGCCGUCCGCGUCCGUGCUGGGUGCCGUGUCGUCCUACUGGGUUCGCAGGUUCGGGUUCUCGGACACGUGCGCGGUGGUUGCCUUCACCGGAGACAACCCAGCGUCUUUGGCAGGAAUGAGACUCCAGCAGGGAGACCUGGCUGUGAGUCUGGGCACUAGCGACACGGUGUUCGUGUGGCCGCAGGACGCUCGUCCGGCUCUCGAAGGUCACGUGUUCGUCAAUCCUGUCGACUGGCGACAAUUCAUGGCCUUGUUGUGCUUCAAGAACGGAUCUUUGACCCGAGAGCGGCUGAGGAACCGCUGUGCUCAAGCGUCAUGGGAACUUUUCUCUGCUGCUUUGAGACAAACUCCUCUCGGAAACAACGGAUGCAUCGGCUUUCAUUUUGACGUGAUGGAGAUCACGCCCCCUGCGGUGGGAGUUCACCUCUUUGAUGCAGAUGACAAUGAGGUGUCAUCCGUGAGCGCUCAGGUGGAGGUGCGGGCCCUGGUGGAGGGUCAGUUCCUGUCACGCCGACUCCACGCCGAGCAUCUGGGUUACUCCGUCGUUCCAGGAAGUCGAAUUUUGGCAACGGGCGGAGCCUCGUGUAACAAAGACAUCCUGCAGGUGUUGUGUGACGUGUUCAAUGCCCCAGUUUACACCAUUGACGUGUCCAACUCGGCUUGCCUCGGCUCCGCCUACAGAGCGCUGCACGGUCUGCUCGACCAAUCAGGAAUGUCCUUUUUUGAUGUCCUGAAGAAAGCUCCGGAAGCACGACUUGCCGCCACCCCGCAGCCCCAUGCACAACAGGUGUACAAUGAGAUGCUGCAACGUUUCACCCGACUGGAGAAGAAAGUCCUGCAGGAGCUCCGCCCCUGAACAGUUGACACUAAUCUGAUUGGCCAACAUGGGCCUGAACUCAAGUUUGUGUUCAAUGAUGAUGAUGCCGCACACAACCAAUGUGCAGAAUGCAUCCCAUAAUAACAAGACUACCCUUUAGGCAGAAUGAUUACGUACACAUUCCUGUCACCCCAAUUGCACACGUGUGCAUGUUGCAGCAGAAAGCAAAGGUUGGCAUGCACGUGUGCAAUGUUCUAGCAUCAACAUCGAGGGGGGGGGGCUGCUGUUGUCCCCAGCACCGACCCCCCCCCCCUUCGCUCGCUCUUUGUAAUUAGGAUGGCGCAUUUCUUCAGUUGUGUAAAUUAGACAUGUAAGUGAUGAACACAACAGACAAACUUUUGUUUACACAAACACGAAAAAGUCCUUAAACAAGACGUCACACAAGAACAAUUACACAAUUAGACGAAUUGUCUUAUUAAUGAAGUCUAAUACUUGUGUGCUUUUAUUGAUGAAUCUUCAUUAAAGAGGACAUUAUGUUAAGUAGACUUUUUAAUUUUAUUUGUGUACAAAUAGUUUUGCAGCUCACCCAUCAAGUUUGAAACUAGACAAUCAGCUAAAUCUUCAGUGAACUAUUUGUGAAAAUGUGUCUGUGGGGCCUUCUUAUGAAUCCCACUCGCUUUCGAGGCAGGACACGCCCUGCUGCAAUAUGAUUGGCUGCUGCAUCCUGGUAGGACACGCCCUACUGCUGCCGGGCAGGAAAAGAAGUAUGCGACUUGAGUGCAGCGGCGUUCUUUUGAAUCCCAGCAACCGUAACCAUAACAAACUUGAUUGUUUCGAUUUUGUACCAAUGUGAUCCAUAUUUGGAAGGGUCACCUCGGCCUUGACGAUGCGGUCCCAACGGUCUCCGGCGUCUCCGUCUUGGGGAAGUCCUGCGAGCGGUGCUGGAGCGCCCGCGUGACCGUCACGUCCAGGUCGUCGUACGUCUCGCCGCUGCCAGGUUCUGAGCAACAAACCACAAACGGUUAUCACCCGGCCCGGCGACCGCUGGCCUAAGAACGUUUGGCGGCUGUACUCACGAUGACGUCGAACUUGGAGUAGAUGUCCGCCACUUGGCCUGAGUACACGCACGCACACGCACACGCGCACGCGCGCGCCAUAUCUAAUGCGCCUUCGAUAUCCACGACUCUGAAAAGCUUUGUGAUAUUGGACUUUGGAUUGAAAUUUCAGUAAUAUAUCGUUCCAUGUGAACUUUGACCUUGUGUCAACUUUUCAACGUCCAACAUCGAAGUACCCCUCCCCGCAACUCGCUGUUCUCUUCACGAGGAGCUGAACGGCUCUCGAUCUACCGUGACGGCCGUGUUGGUUACCCCUGAUCUCGGUCCACGACUGAUGCCCACCAAAGCCAAAGAGUAGUUUGCGAUAGAUGGACUCACUUAUUUGCGGCUGGUUUUUUUCAAUGUUUUUGCUUUACCGCUUAUUGCUGUAUGUUCCCGGCUUAUUCGAGAUUUCGGAGGGUUUGAAAAAAGUAAAGGUUUUUCGCUCCAGUUAUAAUGGCCGUCAAGCAUUCGUGGGUUUUGGCGAUUUGGGGUCGGGCCGGUCCCUAUCGCCUGCGAAGAGCGGGGAUCCACUUUACGGUAUUUGAACAAGGACAGCUUCUGUGUAUCACGGAGACGUUAUUAGGGUUCCCACGUAGUUUCCAGGCAGGACGCACCGUGCUCCAAUAUUAGAUUAUUUUCACAAAAAACUCCCUGUGUGGAGUUUGAAUCUUGUCCCUGUGAUCAAGUGGGUCUUCUUCACACGCAUGGUAGCGUGUUUAUUUGCAAGCAAUUGCCCAUAGGUGUCGAUGUUUGGUCUAUAUUUGCCCUGCGAUUGGCUGGCAGUCAGUCUCGGGCGUACCCCUCCUCCGUCCCUCGUCUCACCCGAAGUCAGCCGCUCGUGCCCGGGAUGACAAGUGCCAUCGAGAAAAAAAAAAGGGAUGGAUAUUAUAAUUAUAAUUAUUAUUAUAACCGCUUCCCCCUAAAAGUCGUGUCAUGAAGCUGCUACGCCACAAAAGGUCAGCAUCACGUUACAACGUGAUACAACGAUAUCAUGUUUUAACGUGACAAAUUCCCAGUUUUAAUGUGAUGAGUUUUAUGUUUUAACGUCCUAAAUUUACGUUAGCGUUAACAUAAAUUUGACAUUUUUAAUGUAAUGAAUUUCACAUUUGAAGAACGUGAGCUAUUGUACGUUUUGAUGAGAAAUUUGAACGUGAUCAAUUUUAAGUUUUGAUGAGAAAUUUCACAUUUUUAAUGUGAUGAAUUUUGCAUUUUAAUGUGAUAAAAGUCAUCUUUUCAUGAAACCGCUUCGUUUUGUUGAGCCGAAUCUUCAGCGCAUCUGCCUCACAGUUCUGAGGUUGCGGGUUGGAACCCGGCCCCGCCCGUGCGGAGUUUGCACGUUCUCCCCGCGCCUGCGUGGCUUUUCUCCGGGUACUCCGCUUUCCUCCCGCAUCCCCAAAACACGCGUGCGACUUUAAUUGAAGACUCUAAAUUGCCCGUGGGUGUGAUUGCGAGCGCGCAUGGUUGUUUGUUUGCAUGUGCCCUGCGAUUGGCUAGCGACCAGUUCAGAGUGGACCCCGCCCCUUGUUCGAAGUCAGCUGGGAUGGCCGCCACAACACGCCCGCGACCCUCGUGAGGAGAAGCGGUGCAGAAAAUGGACGGAUGGAUGUUUAGGCGAACGCAGAAAUCAAAUUCAUCACAUUUUAACGUGACACUGAGCUUUAUUUGAUAUUUUUUCAGGUGGGGCAGGAACCCACUUCCGUAGUAAUGUCUCGAUUUCAGGUGCAAAUAAAACUUUCACACCUGUCCGCCAAGAGGAAGAGGUGGGGCCGAAGGUGUCAGGUGACAGGAUGAGGCUGAUGAUGACGACGAGGAGGACGAGGAGGACGAGCGCCGUCCGGCAUCCGGGGGCGACGAGAAGGAUCGCAGACGUCGGGGCUCGACGGCGUACGUCUCCAGGGGGAAGGCGCCCGCCCGCCCAGGGCCGGAGGGGGCGUGGAGGGGGGCCGGCGGCGGCGGGGGGGCCGGAGGGGCCGGAGGGGCCGGAGGGGCCGCAGGGGCCGGGCACGACAGGCUGAAGGCUGGGUGACGAUGACGAGCGGGGACGAAGAUCAAGGUGAAGAUGGACAUGCGGGAAUCAUCAAACAGAUGAAAAGGAGAAAGCAUCAGCUCACACACUUGCACACACACUCACGUUGACACAUACACGCAAUAAUCACAAUCAGCUUUAUUGGUCAAGUACGUCACAAGACGCAUUAGGAAGUUGCCCGACGCAUACACGUACACAUUGAGAUACACGCAUACAUUUAUUCAAAAAUGAACUUACACACACACACACACACACACACACCUCUGGGUUUGCUCCUCUUGGUGCGUGAGAAGAAUUUGAUGGCGAUGGGGGAGGUCGAUGUUUGCUGGUUCGAUUCCCUGCAGGCAGACCUGAACAUCCCACUGAAGCUCAGUCUGGCGCACGCACGCACGCACACACACACACACACACACAAACACACACACUCACUCACUCAACAUUCCUGGUGCUGGCGUGUAACAUCAUGUGUCAAUCAAGUGCGUUUACCUCCGUGUGGGGGGCGGAGACUCUGCGAUGCUUUUAUCAGGCGUGGGCGUGGCCCUGGAGGCGGAGCUGCCUCCUAGCGAGAAGUUGCUGCUGCCGUUUGUCGCCCCCUGCAGGAGGACAGACGUACUACAACGUCAUCACGCCAUCCGAUCCGCCGAUCCGCGGCCUCGUCCCGCUUUUUACCUUCUUCGCUCCGGUCGCCUCGUCCGCCGGGAAAGCCAUUCCUAACGCGAUGACGUCCUGCGCGUGAGUCACACGUAAUCAUCAGCAACAAUGAUUAAGAUGGCGCCUAACCAAUCGGUCGCCUCGGCAACGAGCUCUCUAGUAUUGGCCGUGUUUUUGUGUGUUUUUUGGAAACAUUACGUGACUUACUUACACAAGGGAAGACUCUCGAAACAUCAGGGGGUCACCUCCGGUCGACCACCGUGGCGCUUCACGGAAACGCGGCUUUGGGAACGCGCCGUAAUGCUUCUUAGCUUUCAACUACGAGGCUUUAAACGAUCGGGAUUUUUGGGCUCGAUCAGCGAGUUUAAAAAAAACGAUAACCGACCAUGAUAGAGGAACGUGUCUAGUUAAAUGACCUGUUCAUUUACUGUACAUACUUGUGUACUUAAUUGCUCCAAAAAUUACAUUUACAAGAAAUAAUGUAUCUUUGUUCCUCAAUUUAUGCCAGUGAGGCAAAGUGACAGAGAGAACCAAUGAAUGCUCUUCGAUUAGAAGAUGGCAGGAAGUCAACGCAGUCAUGAAUGUCUCCACAUUUUGGGACAUUUUUGUUCGUUGGUGUGCCGUGAGAUUUUUCGAUUGUACAAUAUGUUCCUUGGCUCCGUAAGGUCGGAAGUCGCCGCUCCAGUCACAUCGUGGAUUCUAAUCGGUCAGGUCGAACCGACACGACAACGUGACCGAAAUCGUGGCUGCUAACUUACUGUAAUUCAAUGACUUUAUUUAGAAUUAAAUGACUUCACCCACACCGAAACUUUACAGCACGAUUCGAGAGAACGGCGGCGUGUUUACGUCCGACCGUUUGUGCUAGCAGUAGCUUGCUAGGCUACGUAACGUUUUUGUUAAAAGUACGUGAAACAUACGUCAAGCGAGCCUUAAACGAACGUCCUCUCCUGCCCAGCAACACACGUUUCCCCCCCAUUUUGUCCUUAUAAUACAAAGUUGGCGCGCUCCACUCUUGUUGUCGUCGGCGUCGCCACGGUAACGAGUGUAUCCCGGUCGCAUUUGAGUCGACGAGAUAAAGCCCGAUGAUCGUAAAAAACGGGAUGCGGUGGUAUCGGAAUAUAAGAUUUGAUUGCAGUCGUCUGACAGAGUGCAAUCGUGAAAGAGCAAAUUUGUCUCGUCGUCUGAUCCGGGCA